UGCACCGUCAAAAAAUUGAACCAAAACUGAACAUAUAUAAUAAGAGGUUUAACAGGCGGGAACUGUAAACGGCCACUUUCUUUCUCCGCGUAAAAGCCACAUUUCACACACACAUAUGAAAGCUUCCGCGAGUGAGUUUGCCAAUCUGAUAGGUCGAACUCUGAUCUCUGCAUCGAACCGCUCGAUCCCGACUCGUACAUGGAACCCUUCACUCGAGCAAACCCUCCACCAACUCGGUUUUCGCGACUCACUCACCCCAUCACUCGUAGCCCGAGUCAUCGAUCCGUUCCUCGUCAACCACCAUUCGCUCGCACUCGGCUUCUUCAACUGGGCCUCUCAACAACCAGGCUUCUCUCACACCCCUCUUACCUACCAAUCAAUCCUCAAAUCUCUUUCCGUCUCCCGCCAAUUCAAUGCCGUUGACAAGCUCCUAAGGCAAAUCAAAGCCCGAAAGGUCGAUCUCGAUCCUUCAAUCUAUCACUCCAUUAUUGCCUCGCAGAUUAUAGGUAAAAAGACCCAGAACGCCUUUGCGAUUUUCAAUGAAGUUAGUUCACUAAAUCACGAUAUCGGACCCAGUACAUGCAAUUCGCUUUUAGCUGCGCUGUCGUCUGAUGGGUAUAUGAGUAAUGCCCAUAAGGUGUUUGAUGACAUGAUUCAAAGAGGUGUUAGUUUUAGUACACUUGGUUUUGGUGUGUUUAUAUGGAGAUUUUGCAGAAAUGCUGAACUGGGUAAGACUUUAAGUUUGCUAGAUGAGGUUAGAAAGGGUGUUUCGGAGAUUAAUGGGUCAAUUGUAGCGGUUUUGAUUGUUCAUGGACUUUGUAUGGAAUCUAGGGUUGCAGAGGCUUUCUGGGUACUGGAUGAGUUGAGGAAAAGGGAUUUUAAACCUGAUUUUAUGGCGUAUAGGAUUGUCGUGGAAGCAUUUCGGUUGAUUAGAAGUGUGGUUGACGUGGAUAAAGUCUUGAAGAAGAAGAGAAAGCUAGGGGUAGCUCCAAGGGCCAAUGACUAUAGAGAGUUUAUUUUUGCUUUGAUUUCAGAAAGACGGAUAUGCGAAGCAAAAGAAUUGGGUGAAGUGAUUGUGAGUGGGAAUUUUCCCAUCGAUGAUGAUGUUCUUAAUGCUUUGAUAGGAUCAAUAUCAACUAUUGAUACUUGUUCUGGAAUGUUGUUUUUCAAGUUCAUGAUUGAAAAGGAAGGAUUUUUAACUCCUCUUACUUUGAGCAAUUUGAGUAGGAAUCUCUGCAAGUUUGGAAAAAUUGAUGAAUUGUUGGAGGUUUUCCAGAUUUUGUCUGCCAAAGAGUACUUCUCGGAUAUGGAGAGUUACCAUAUGAUGGUUUCGUUCUUGUGCAAGGCGGGCAGAGUGAGGGAAGCUUAUGGGGUUCUUCAGGAGAUGAAGAAGAAAGGGUUGUCUCCAGAUGUAUCAUUUUAUAAUUCUCUUAUGGAAGCAUGCUGUAAACAAGAGCUAACGCGUCCUGCAAAAAGACUGUGGGAUGAGAUGUUUGCAAGUGGGUGUGAUGGAAAUUUGAAGACUUACAACAUCCUUAUACGGAAGUUUUCAGAAACAGGUCAGAUUGAAGAAGCUCAGAGGCUGUUUUCCCACAUGUUGGACAAAAGGGUGGCACCUGAUGCUCUGACUUACACAUCCCUCCUUGAAGGGCUUUGUCAAGAAAAAAUGCUUGAUGACGCUUUUGACAUCUUCAAUAGGUCUAUUGAACAGGAUGCACGGCUUGCACAAACUAUAUUACGUACAUUUGUUCUUUCUCUCUGUAAAGAAGGUUGCUUCCGUGCUACUUCCAGAUUUCUAUGCGAUCUCUCUAAUGAGAUAGGACAAUCAGACUCUCAUUUGCUUCUGGUAAAAUGUUUAGUUGAUGCUAAAGAGAUUGCAAUUGCUAUUGAACACAUAAAAUGGGUUGGAGACAAUGCACCUUCCAUGAUGCAAGUUAUUAGUACGGAACUAUCAGCAUCACUUUCAUAUUCAUCAAAACAAGAGCCGGUCCUACAGUUGCUUCAGGGAAUGCAGCAAAAAAACGCAAAUUCUAACAAUGAUGACUCAGUGACUUGCUGAUUAUUUAACUAGUAUUCUUGUGGCGGAUUCCAGAUGAUCUGAAGGUUGUGUCCUUGCUCUGAGAGUGAUUAUUAGUUUCUUGGUUUUGUUCCGGGGCAAUACAAAUGUGGAUUUUCUACAAGUUCUUUCUUAUUCUCUUCUACAAAGUUUGGAUAUAAUCAAUCUUCCCAUUUUUUUUGUUUCUCGCCUUUUAUUACCCUUUGUGUAAUCGUCCGUGCUGAUAAUAUGGUGCCAAAAAUAGAUUCUUCAACUAUAGUGUGUAUAAAGAAAAUUUUAGAAUGAUUAUUCAA